AUGUCAGAAUCUUAUGACGAUUAUAACGCUUCUAUGGUAGACCCAACCUUUAGUGAUGAUGAGAACUCGAACAAAUAUCAUGAUUCACCUGAAUUUGAAACAUUGAAAGAUGAAAUAUCAGCAAAUUUAUUUGAAAUCAAUGGCCAAAUAGCCACUUUGAACCAUUUUUUCCAAACUUUACAAACUUUCAUUACUAAAAAGCAAGUAAAUUCAAAGGUUAUAAAUAAUAUAGAUAAAAAGGCUAUCGAGAAUAUUCAAUUAAUUAAUGGUAUAAUUAAAAACGUUAAUAACAAUUUGCUUAUUAAGAUCAAUAAUAUUGAUGAUUUAAGUCUGGAUAAAGUUCAAUUAAUUGCAAGAGAAAAAUUAAUUAGGGAUGUUCGAAGUUCAAUUCAAGAAUUUCAAUGGACUCAAAAAAAUUAUACAGAUAUUAUUAAAAAGAUUAACGAUAUUGCAAAGGAUUCAUAUAAUAAAAAUGUGAUGACUGAAGAAGAAACAGCAUUGUUAGUAGAAGAAGAAACAGCAAAUAAAGCAAAAACUCAAACACAAACGCAAUUGACUUCAAAGGAUAUGCAACAACAGGUUUAUAUUCCAAGAGAAGCUAUUAAUAAUGAAGAACUAACUUAUCAACAAACUUUAAUACGGCAAAGAGAUGAAGAAAUUCUUAAUAUAGAAAAUGGUAUUAAUGAAAUAAAUGAAAUAUUCAAAGAUUUAGGUGCAGUUAUUCAACAGCAGAGUAGCAUGGUAGAUAACAUUGAAGCUAACAUAUAUAGCACGGUAGAUAAUACAAGGCAAGCAAAUGAACAAUUAAAUAGAGCUUUAAAUUACCAAAGGAGAUCAAAUAAGUUUUGUCUACAUAUCUUAUUCAUUCUAUUAGGGAUUUUCUUUUUUUUCCUAUUCUUAGUUCUUAUAUAA